ACAAGGCUGGGUUUGGAAAUAACUUCACUACAGUGGACAACAAAUCCACAGCCCAGAAUGUGGAAGGCAUUAUCGUCAGUGCCAUGUUUAAAUCCCUCAUCACUCGCUGCGCUUCAACUACGCAUGAAUUACACAGUCCUGAGAAUCUGGGGCUGUAUUGUGAUAUCCGUCAACUGGUUCAGUUUAUCAAAGAGGCUCAUGGAAAUGUCUUCAGGAGAGUGGCCCUUAGUGCUUUGCUUGACAGCGCUGAGAAGUUGGCACCUGGGAAAAAAGUGGAAGAAAAUGAACCAGAAUCUAAGCCUGCAGGCAGUAAAAGGUCGGAGGCAGGAAUCAUCGUGGACAAGGGCCAGGUGUCCGCACCUGAGGAGUGCCGCAGCUUCAUGUCUGGCCGGCCCUCCCAGACUCCAGAGCAUGAUGAACAAAUGCAAGGGGCAAACCUGGGACGAAAAGAUUUCUGGCGCAAGAUGUUCAAAUCCCAGAGUGCAGCAAGCGACACCAGCAGCCAGUCUGAGCAGGAUACUUCUGAGUGCACCACUGCCCACUCAGGGACCACCUCUGACCGGCGUGCCCGUUCACGGUCCCGCAGAAUUUCCCUCCGGAAGAAGCUUAAACUCCCCAUAGGAAACUGGCUGAAACGAUCCUCCCUCUCUGGCCUGGCAGAUGGUGUGGAGGACCUCCUGGACAUCAGCUCCGUGGACCGCCUGUCUUUUAUCAGGCAGAGCUCCAAG